AGUAAAAAGUGUUAAGCAUAUGUGGCUUAAAAUAUCGGAGGAAUUAAGUCAAAUUUUAAAAAUCUCUAUAACUCCAAGUCAUUGUGAAAACCGAUGGCGAGUACUCAAAAAAAAAAUAAUAAUAAGAAAUAUGUCGAAAAUCAGAAUGCAACUGGACGAGGUAAGAAGUUUUUUGAAUAUUCGGAAGAGAUGGAAAGUAUUUUAGGGAAGAAAAAGAAUAUUAGACCUCAAACCAUUCUUGAAAAUAACACAAUAGAUAAUAUUGAAGCUGAAAUUAAUAAUAUUCCCGAAAUUGAGCCCGAAACAGAAAAUAUUAUACCAAAAACAAGUUCUGUACCUAAAAGUAAAUCUGAAAUUAUAAAAAACAAAAGAGUUAAACGAAUAAGCAAUAUUGAACAGAUGCCAAUAGAUAGAAAACAAUAUUUUGAGAAAAAAAUUAAAUUAGACGAACAAAAAUUAUUGGAAAUAAAAAGAAAAAAUGAACUUAUACAAGAACGAAACCAAUUAAUAAAGGAACAAAACGAAAUAUUGAAAGUAAAGGAGUGUGUUGGCAGCCUAAGAUACAUUUUUAUAAGUAUUUGCUUUCAUACAUUAAAAUAAUUUUUUUU